AUGAUUAAACCAUUUAAAUAUAAUCCAUCUAAUCCUAAUCGUGAACCUAUACCAAUUAAUGAAGAUUAUCGUUAUAUUGAUUCAUGGGAUGAACAUCAUGUUCGUAUGCCAUGUUCAACAUUGUAUACUUCGAAAAAUGGACAUCUACGAUGGUCUAUUAUUUGUCAAUUAUUAUGUGAUCUUAAACGAAAAUGUGAUACUCAUACAGCAACUGUAGAAGAUUUAAAAAGAACAAUUGAAAAUUGUGUUGAAUGUCAUUACAAUAUGGAUUGUCUUGAACAUCUCAUUAAUGAAAUUUAUUCAAAUGAACAACGUUUAUAUUUUAUGUCAACUGUCCUAUCAAAUCUUUGUUCACUUGCAUUAAAUGUCGAUCUAAUAUGUAGUCGACCACCACCUUUAUUACGUAUCAGAUCAAAUCGUUCAAUAACAAUGUCACAACGACAAGCUGCUUCAUUAUUAGCAUGUGCAUUUUUUUGUUUAUUUCCAUAUCGUACUGGUUCAAAAGUUAAAAAAGAAUAUGAAAGUUUUCAAAAUCCAAAUUUUAAUACAUUAUAUCAACGUGGAUCUAUACAAAAAAUUGAAAAACUUAAAUGUAUUUUACAUUAUUUUGAACGUAUUACUAGAAAAAUGCCUAAUGGUGUAAUUACUUUUCAACGUUAUGUAUUAUCUGAUCCAUUUACACCAAAAUGGUCUAAAUCAACAAAUGGUCUCAUUCCUAUGCAUUUAACAACGGCUAAAAAGAUAGAAGAUAUUGAUUGUGUUUUACAAGUUGAUUUUGCCAAUAAAUAUAUUGGUGGUGGUGUAUUAACUUCAGGUUGUGUUCAAGAAGAAAUACGAUUUGUUAUUUGUCCUGAAAUGCUUCUUAGUUUACUUGUUUGUGAAGUAUUAAAACCGAAUGAAUGUAUCUAUCUGAUUGGUUGUGAACGAUAUUCAUCGUAUAAAGGUUAUUCAAAAACAUUUCAAUAUAAUGGAGAUUAUAUCGAUACAAAACUGAAAGAUAAUUGGGGAAGAAAAUGGUCUCAUGUAGUAGCUAUUGAUGCUAUAUUUUAUCGUGAUCGAUCAACACAAUACAAUAUGAAAUCUAUUAAACGUGAAUUAAUCAAAGCUUUUGCUGGCUUUCAUACUUACGGACAAACAUCGGAUCAUGCAUUUUCUAUUGCAACUGGAAAUUGGGGUUGUGGUGCAUUCAAUGGUGAUAGACAAUUAAAAGCAAUUAUUCAAUUAACAGCUGCUUCUGAAGCUAUACGUCCAUUGAUAUAUGCAGCGUAUGGUGAUAAGAAUUUAAUCGAAUCCUUCUAUGAAGUAUAUGAUUAUUUAAUAGACCAACGUGCUAAAGUACGAGAUUUAUAUUGUUAUCUUGAUCAAUAUUGUAAUACACGUUCACGAUGUUCAUUGUUUGAUUUUAUUUUACGAACACCUGUUUCAUCUCUUGGUUCUUAA